GAUUUAAAGAAUCGUGAACGACUGCUCUGUUCCUUUCUAUCUUAUUUGCAUUCUAAAAAUUGAAUCAACCUUUAUUAUUCUGCUUGUUAUGAAGAUGAAACUGAAAUAUAUUCAUUGGAUAUUCUUAUACGUUUUAAUUUUACAGACGAAAGACAGUCUACAAAUUAAAAGCAUUGCUAGAAAUACUCUAUCUUAUCAAAGUUCUAGAUACCAAUUUUUCGAUGCUAGCAGGGCUAAUGAUGAUAUUAUAGGCUCUAACGCUGCAACUUGCAGUCAUACUUUAAAUGAUCAAAACGCUUGGUGGGCCACAGAUUUAGCUGCAAUAUAUAAUAUUCAAGAAGUCUACCUCUUGAAUCGAAACUCAUUUGAUUUCAGAUUGGCUAAUUUUAAAAUUUUGGUAAAAUAUUUCAUUCAUCAAACUUCAAUUGGAAGUCUUUGUUUCUACGAAACGGGAACUGUUAAAAAACCAAAUUCAACGAAUAUCGAUCAAUAUCAAAAAUACGAAUGUCCACAAAAUACUACUGGUUCAUUUAUUAUAGUAGAAUUUCAAGCUAAACAAUAUCUAACCAUUUGCGAUAUUAUCGUUGUUGGUGAAUUCGUAAAAGAAUCGAAAAUAAUUCAUUUAAAUUCAAAAAUUAAUAAUAUUUUUGCCGGAAAUGUUGCUAAAUCGGAAAUGGAAAAAUUAUUCGAUAUGAAUAUUGCAACUUUUAUUAAAACAAGACUUUUACCAUCACACCCAAAAAAUCCUUUUAUAAGAUUAGAUUUUACAGAUGAAAUUGUUUGUCAUGGACUUGUCUUAGCUACUAAAUUAGCUGGUUAUUAGUAAUUAAAGUUUCUAUUAUUUUACUAGUUUAUAAGUUUACUUUGAUGCUUAGAUGUUACGCUUGAAUUUCUCAACAUCUAUAUUUCUUUAAACAACGAUCCUCAAACUAUUUUUAAGGAGAAUAGGGAAUUUUGUGUUGAAAACUAUAAUAACAUUCUUGCAGUUGGAUUAAGAAAUUUUGUUUUUGUAUGUUCACCGGAAGCGAUUGGAAAGUAUCUGCUAAUAUCGAUUAAUCAUCCUCCUUUAAAUAGAAUAAAAUACUAUCUUACCAUUUCAUAUAUAAAUAUUUACGGAUAUAUUGAUCAAAGAUCUGAUAAAACAAACUUCACUAGUCAUUUUAACCAUA